AUGGGCUUGAAGUUCCUUGAGAGCUUAAAGCAGGCAAAGGACAAGACUGGCCGUCCCAUCUCAGUGCACUUCCUCUCCCUCCCUGACAAGAACGAGCUCCCCGAAUACUACGACGUGAUCAAGCUGCCCAUUGCGAUUGAUACUAUCGAGGACAGACUCAACAGCGGUGGAUACACCAGCCUUGCGCAGGUCGAGAGCGAUUGCAAGCGCCUCGUGAACAACGCCAAAUCAUACAAUGACAGGAAGUCUGCCAUAUACGAAGAUGCCGAGCGUCUGCGCAAGACAGCCUCCAACUGGAUGGUCAAGCACAACCCAGCAUACCGAAAAGAAGGCUACCAAGCCGUAGCUACGCCCAUCCCAGGCGAGGAGCCCAUUCCAUACGGCAAGCCGAUCCCGCGCGUCCAUAAUGGGACUCCGAAGGCGACCCCUUCCACCCCAGAUUCUUCUUCUACAGAUAGACCGCGACGAGCAGCAGCAGUCGCGGCCACGCAAGCGGUUACCCCAGCGCCGUCUAAGCUGCGACAGUCGGCUUCCGCUGCACCUGAAGAGGGGGAUAGCACAGACUUCAAUGACAAGAGCUUCCAGCAAGCACAGGAGCAGAUCGUCAAUGGUCUGAUUAAUUACGUGGAACCAGUCAGCGGACUGCAGAUCUUCCAACCUUUUGUUAACCUGCCCAGCCGGGCCUUGAAGGAUUACUAUCAGCUGAUCAAGGACCCGGUCUCGUUAUCGGGGGUGCAGAAGAAGGUCCGCGGUGUCAUCGGCCGCAACGCGCCCACUGGGCACACUGAAUUGAAGAGCUGGGAUGCGUUCGAGCAGAUGACGAGCUUGAUCUGGAAGAAUGCCCGUGACUACAACGAGGACGGCAGCGACCUGUACAAUUUAUCCCUCGAGCUAGAGGAGAUGUUCAACCAGCGACUUGCAGCAGCCAAGUCAAAAGUGGAAGAGCCGCCACAGCCAAAACUCAAGCUCAACAUGUCCACUGCAGCACCAUCUCCGGCACCACAGCCAAAGCAAGCACUGAAGCUGAAGCUGCGGCAAAGCCCUGUAUCAGAUCCAAAUACUCCAGCUGCACGAAGCUCGGCCACACCUGGCGUCAUAGUGGACAACGAUGCACUGCUCAGGCAGCAAAGGCACGUUCUAGACAGCAUGAACACUAAAAAGUCGUCAAGACCUCCUUCUGCUGGCCGAACGGGAACACCGACGAACCUAAGCAAUCCAUUCAGUGGACCGCGAGGCGCAUCGGCGACAUUGGCAUCAGUACCAGCGGCGCAGACUAGGACAGCCGGAUCGCCAGGCGUGAAUGGCAUCAAGAACGACGUGCAAUCCCCAGCUCUGAAUGCGAUAAGGCCAGCAAGCAAUGCCUCUGAUGGCCAAAGCCAACGGCUGAGCAUACCAGCGCACACGCCACAUCCAGUCAUGCCUCCACCACACGCAAUGUCCCGUCCCACCAGCGGCAGUCCUCUUCCAAACGGGCCCGUCGGUCAACAGGCCGCCGGUUUCGCCACCCCCUACGCGCCUCCCGCUCCCUCAUACUACGUCCCGCCCGUAAUCCCGCACUUUGAAAACUUUCGCAAAGUGCCACUGAAGAGCGCCAACGAAGCCCUCAUCCCCAAAAUCACACUGAACACGCACCCCGCGCUCAACCUCCCCAAACCCUGGACCGUGCAGAUCCCCGCGCACAAAUCCAAGACACAGCACUCCGUCACCAUCCCGAUUCCUACUUCACACUCGUACCUCCAGAUCACGCCGCAUGUCCCCAUCGCGCACACCGCACGGCUCUACCGCCUCUUCGUCAUGGUAAACGGAAACAAGACGUUCGAGGUGAACCGCAUCCCCGUCACGGCGGGCAUCAACGGGUCGGCAUCGUCGCCGCAGCCUGGCAUCGAGGCGGGCAAGAAGAAAGGCGAGCCGGUGUACGAGGCGAAGCUUGUGGCGGGGGUGAAUCGCGUGGAGGUGGAGAUUGUGGCGGAGAAGGAUAGAUCAAAGGGUGAAAAAGAGAGUGGGGUGCCGAGGGAGAUGGUGGAGAGUGAGAGGUGUACUAUCUUCUUGCAUCUUUCCCGGUCUUUGUAG